ACCAAAUGCCAGAAUGAUUGCCGAUCAACGACUACAUGCAAUUCCAGAGACUCAACAGGACUUUAGCAUUUACUCCAGGUGUAGAGAACAAAGUUCGAGACAAACUGCUGGCUUACUUCAAUUUUAUUCAUGGGAAAACUGCUGCUAAUAUGAUGACUCGUUGCAUGGGUGCACUAUUCACUAAUUCUAUGGCUGGAGAUUUGAACUGGAACGGAUUAGCUCGGGAAGGUGUAGCAAAAGGAAAAUUUGGCAAUUCAGAAAGCCAAAAACUAAUUCACCUUGCUGUCAACCGGCGAUUCCCACAAGCUUCAAAGUUUGAAAUGGAGAAGGGCUCCAAGGAUUUUCUCCGACACGCCCCAGCGCGCGUCAAGCAAACUGCAGCCAGAGCUGAGAAAGAGGAAGCAGCUAUGGUUGCACAUGCUGCUGAUGUUGCAGCCGGUGCACGUCAUCCCUUGGAUCACAGUUACGAUAAUGUUGAAAGUAAUAACUACUAGAAGUAAUUAGUGGAAAUCAACAUUCGACUAUUUUAUGUGUGACGAAUUUAUUGUUCAAAAACUGAGAAACCUUACUUUAAUUUAUUGUAUUUAUGUCUCUGUUUUUGUACCGUUUAUCAGCAAUACACACAAUAGUCGAACUCG